ACAUUUUGUUGCUUCGUGUCGCGAUUCGAUUGAUUAGCGCAGCCCAAGCGGCACUUUCGGAGUUUAUAUCGGGGAAAAUUGUUGAAUCGGAAGGAAAUAUCCGUUCGAUUUCCUUCGCGACCAGUUCGGGAACGCUAGUUUGUCAAAAGUAAAUUCCAUCAGGAACCGCUGGUGGUGCGUUUGUGUGAAAUUAGUCGAAACCCGGAGCAUCCGCACAACGAGCAAGAUGCACACCGUUCUCACCCGAGGGAACGCAAUCCUCGCCUAUUCGCUAAGCGUGCUGGCCUUCCUGACAUUCUGCUGCUUCGCUUCGACCUUCUUCUACGACUACCGGACCAAUGCCAAGAUCAACACCGUGAAAGUGCUGGUCAAAAAUGUUCCGGACUUUAGCGCUUCCCGGGAGAAGAAUGAUCUCGGCUUCCUCACGUUUGAUCUCGGCACCGACCUGAACGGUCUGUUCAACUGGAACGUAAAGCAGCUGUUCCUGUACCUGACGGCCGAGUACAAAACCGAGCAGAACGAGCUGAACCAGGUCGUCCUGUGGGACAAGAUCAUCCUCCGGGGUGAGAAUGCCAAUCUGGACUUUAAGAACAUGAACACCAAGUACUACUUCUGGGACGAUGGCAACGGUUUGAAGGGACACCAGAACGUGACGCUGACCCUCUCGUGGAACAUCGUUCCCAAUGCCGGCCUGUUGCCGAGUGUGUUCGCCCAUGGGCAUCAUUCAUUCAAAUUCCCAGAAUCGUACAUGCCUUCGCCGGUUUAACCGGUGCAUUAGAAGACUUCUUAGUUCGUAGCUAUCCUCUAACUGUAAAGUGGGAAGUAAGACAGAAUACGCCGCAGCUAAAUGGUAAGUGCGAGGAGCUGUGUAAGUCUGUUUAAAUUAAGUUUCUGCUCGGAUAAGUCUCAAUUUAAAAAUUUAAAGGCAGAACCUCACAAGUAUUUGGAGCGUCGAAAAAAUCAACAAAAGUAACUAGUGAAUGAUGAGAUAAGUUUGAGAAAA